GGAUUUCCUGGGCCCGGCUCUCUGGGGCCACUAUGGCGUUUGGGAAGAGCCACCGGGAUCCCUACGCCACCUCCGUGGGCCAACUCAUAGAAAAGGCUACAUUUGCUGGAGCUCAGACCGAAGACUGGGGCCAGUUCAUGCACAUCUGUGACAUAAUUAACACUACCCAGGAUGGGCCAAAAGAUGCAGUGAAAGCUUUGAAGAAAAGAAUUUCCAAAAAUUACAAUCAUAAAGAAAUCCAACUUACCUUGUCGCUCAUUGACAUGUGCAUGCAGAACUGUGGUCCAAGUUUCCAAUCUCUGAUUGUGAAGAAAGAAUUCAUUAAAGAUAGUCUGGUUAAGCUGUUGGAUCCUAAAUACACCUUACCAUUGGACAUUCAGAAUAGAAUCUUGAACUUCAUUAAGUGUUGGUCACAGGGUUUCCCAGGAGGUGUGGAUGUAAGUGAAGUGAAAGAAGUGUACCUGGAUCUGCUUAAGAAGGGUGUUCAGUUUCCUUCCUCAGAUGCAGAGGCUCCAACAGCAAGACAAGAGACCUCAUUGACUCCACCAGCAUCUGUUCCUACUGCACCAGCUCUUUCUUCAGUAAUUCCUCCCAGGAACUCAACUAUUACUUUGGUCCCAGAACAGAUUGGAAAGCUGCACAGUGAAUUGGAUAUGGUGAAAAUGAAUGUGAGAGUGAUGUCUGCCAUACUGAUGGAGAACACUCCCGGGUCUGAGAACCAUGAAGACCUAGAGCUUCUGCAGAAACUUUACAAGACAUGUCGGGAGAUGCAGGAGAGGAUCAUGGACCUGCUUGUGGUGGUGGAGAAUGAAGAUGUAACUGUUGAGCUGAUUCAAGUAAAUGAGGAUUUGAAUAAUGCCAUCCUUGGAUAUGAGAGGUUUAUUCGAAACCAGCAAAGGCUUUUGGAGCAACAUACGAACCAGAUGGAAGCCACCAAUACCACCAGUGAGCCCUCCGCUCCAUCUUGUGAGCUCCUGGAUUUAAGUCCCAGCACCCUGAUGUCAAUGGCCACUCAAGGAGAACUCAGCAACGUGAAUUCUCAGCUUUCAAACUUAAGUUUCAGCUCUCCAAGUCCUAUUGUAAGAAACAACUUGAAUCCCAGUCUUCAUUCAAAUGUGGAUUUGCUAGCCUCGGAAAAUACAGAAUCGCCCCUGUUUGCCCAAAGGACACGCCAAAACCACGCCUCAAGUCACACAUAUGAUAAUUUUCUAGAACACUCAAAUCCAGUAUUACUACAGCCAGUUAGCCUACAGACUGCCACAGUAACACCGUCAAACCAGACGCCACCCUCCUUGCCCAACAAUCAUCCAGCAAUGACAAAGAAUGAUCUCCAGCCACCCAAUUACUAUGAGGUAAUGGAGUUUGAUCCCUUAGCUCCUGCUGUCACUACAGAAGCUAUUUAUGAAGAAAUAGAUGUUCAUCCCCACAAAGGAGCUCGAAGUCAUAGUGACUGUUGAGGUUAAAGUGGAUGAUCAAUCAGCUCAUUAGCAGCAGAGGGGCUAGCUCUCUUAAAGGGUAGAUCCUAUCCAGCUUUGAGACCUGGAAGACAAGACCUACCAACAUGUGAAAGCCACAGUGGACCAUUUCUUCUCUGCUAUAAUGAAGUAUAAACAGAAGAAUAAUAAUUUCAGAGUAAUAUUCAUGAUUAAUGACAACCAAUCAAGAUUUCAGUAGAAUGUGGUUGUAGCAAAUAUUCACUUAAAACUUUGGAAGAACAAUUACUUAGUCCUUAGGCCAACCAGUUUAAUUG